CAUAUGACUAGCCUCGUGAAAUGAAAGCGUCUAUAGUUAUUUUACUGACUCUAGCGACUUGCGCUCUGUGCAUUUAUGAGUACGACAGGCCACUAGUAUACAAGAAAAAUCCGGCUCCCGAUGGUCAUAGAUGCGGAUUGUGUCCUACAUAUUACCAGAAAACUUGCGGAUUUAAUAUGCAAGACAACACUACAUACAUCUUCGACAAUCACUGCAUAAUGGAUCUCUAUAAUUGCUUCGAGGGCACAGAAUUUAUAACUAUGAAUUACAACAAAUGCCUGUACUUCGGGAACUUUGCUUAUGUUCAUGGUUUCAAGAAUGAAGACAAAGACUACGGAGAGGACCAUUUUAUCAUAAAGGGUUCAAAGAAGAACCCAGAUUUUGUUGACUAA